AGGCCUGGGCGCAGGGGUUCGCCAAACGAGUGGCUGUUUUCGAUCGUUCGGCGCGUGGGCAGGACGUGCCCGAACUCGCGGCCUGGGUCGCCGAGGCUGAGAGUGGCCUCGAUCAUGUUGCCACCGACGACUGGCUUGCCUGGGGUUCGCGCAUCUUGCCGCAGCGUG